ACAUUGCCACGCAUUCACUUGAAUUUGUGAAGAAGUACACAGUGGUCUGUUAUCGGGCACAAUGGCGUUUAUUGCCAUCUUUCUUUUGUAUUUGCAGGCAUACAGUCUUUUUGUAGAUUUCUCAGUUGCACAAGAAGAAGAAGAAGAAGUCAAAAUUGAAGUUGUGCACAUGCCAGAAGAAUGUACGAAAAAGAGCAAAAAAGGGGAUAUGCUGAAUGCGCAUUAUGAUGGCUUUCUAGCAACAGAUGGUUCAAAGAUUUACUGCAGCCGAUCAGACAAUAAAGGACACCCUAAGUGGUUUGUACUUGGUGUAGGCCAAGUAAUAAAAGGACUGGACAUAGGAAUGAUGGGCAUGUGUCCUGGAGAAAAAAGAAAAGUCACCAUUCCUCCUUCACUAGGAUUUGGAAAACUAGGGAAAGACAAGGUGCCACCUGAUUCUACACUGAUCUUUGAAAUUGAGUUGUACACCAUAGCAAGAGGACCUCGCAGUGCAGAGUCCUUUCAAGAAAUUGACCUAAACAAAGACAGAUCACUUUCUCGGGAUGAGAUCACAGAAUAUAUGAAGAAGGAGUUUGAGAAGGGUGGUAAUAAACGUGACCAAUCCUUUUAUGAUGCCAUUAUAGCAGAUGUUUUUCGGAAGAAUGACCAUAACGGAGAUGGCUUCAUAUCUGCAAAAGAAUACAAUGUCUAUGAACACGAUGAGCUAUAGUGAAACACUCCAGUUUAAAGUGAAUAUUUAUAGGUAUGGAAGUAAUAAGAAUGUUAAACCAAACAAAGGUAAGAUCUGUUUUGUUAAACUUCCAUACCUAUAAAUAUUUGCUUUAACUACACUACUUUCAACUAAUCUGCCUGCACUUGUUUUACAAGUAAAAUGAAUGGAUUUUUUUUAUAAGAACAUAUUUGAUAUGGUCAAGUAUUGGGUCAUUAUCAGUGCCGGACAGUAAUUUGUCAAAUAAAUACCACUUGGAAAUAGG